AUGGGGUCAAGCCUCCCAUCAGAGCCCGAGAAAACGACGCAGUUGACGCACGAUGCCGUCGAAACGGCCUCCUUAUCAAACACGCCCAAGGUGGUGGCUGCGGCUCAGAAGCAGCAACAGCCAGAGAGAGAAGCCACACUCAAGGACUAUUUGCGUGUUUUCACCUACGCCACCAAAUGGGACUUUCUCCUGAUGGCCGGCGCCGCCGUGGCCAGCAUCGGGGCCGGCGUCACCAUGCCCCUGAUGAACGUGGUCUUCGGCCGGCUGAUCGGGAGCUUCAACAGCUACGCGGGCCCGGGUGACAGCGACGCCGAGACCCAGGCCGCCUUCAACCGGCUGCUCAACCGGCAGGCUCUGUACAUGUUUGCCCUCUUCAUCGCCCGCUUCGGGCUCAACUACGUCAACAAGUUCUGCUUCCGGCUGAUCGGCAUCCGCAUGUCGGCCGCCAUCCGGCUGCACUACCUGUGCUCGCUCUUCGCGCAGACCGUCCACGUGCUCGACUCGAUGCCGUCCGGGGCCGCGGCGAGCACAAUCACGUCGACCGCUAAUACGCUGCAGAUCGGUGUCUCGGAGAAGCUGGGCACGUUUCUUGACUGGUCCUUGGCGUUGGUCACGUCUUCGGUGCUGCUCUUCAUCAUGCUGGUUAUUGCUAUCAUGCUGCCGUUUAUCCUCAAGGGACAGCAUAGAAUUACAAAAGCUGAGGGAAAGGCUGGCUCAAUUGCAACGGAGGCCUUCGCUUCUAUCCGUAUGGUUACGUCGUGCGGUGCUGAGGCUCGAGUUGCUGAAAAAUAUUCCGAAUGGGUCAAGAAAGCCAAGCAGGCCGAGCAAGCUACGGCCCCUUUAUUUGCUACUCAGUUCGGCCUGGUCUUCUUUGGUCUUUACGGAACCUUUGCCCUCAGCUUUUGGUAUGGCAUGAAGAGUUUACUGGCUGGUAGGGUGGAUGAUAUCGGAACUGUCGUCAUCGUUUUGUUCUCUGUGAUGAUGAUGGUGAUUUCACUGGAGCGGGUUUCCACGCCUCUAAUCGCGAUCUCAAAGGCAAUGGUGGCUGCGGCCGAGUUCUUUUCUGUCAUCGAUGCACCGCAGCCCAAGGUCGGGAGCCUCAAGGAGCCGGAAGUAUCUGCAACUGAGGAUAUCGUGUUUGAAGACGUCCAUUUUGCGUAUCCAAGCCGACCGUCUAAGAAGGUAUUGGAUGGACUCAACCUCCGCAUUCAGGCUCACAAGAACACCGCCAUUAAGAAGGAUGGUAAAAAGACCAAGGAAGGGGAACAUGACAGCGACGAGGAGGACUCUGUGGUUUCUGCCGCUGGUGCUGCUGCUACAAUCGACAACCUGGAAGACCAGGGUCCUCCCGUGGAACUAUCAGGCACCAUCAAGACCUGCGGCCACUCGCUGGAUGAGAUAGACAUGAAGUGGUGGAGAUCCCAAAUCGGUCUAGUCCAGCAAGAACCGUUUCUCUUCAACGACACGAUCUUCAAGAACGUCGCUUCCGGCUUGAUUGGCACCCAGUGGGAGAACGAACCGGAAGAGGUCCAGCGCAAACUCGUCCAAGAGGCAUGUGCUGAAAGUUUCGCCGACGAGUUCAUCGAUAGACUGCCUGACGGCUACGACACCCAAGUGGGAGACUCAGGCACCAAGCUCAGUGGCGGACAGAGACAACGUAUUGCCAUUGCUCGAAGCAUCAUCAAGAAGCCCAAGAUCCUCAUCCUUGAUGAAGCCACUUCCGCCAUCGACGUUCGAGGCGAAAGAAUCGUCCAGGCUGCUCUGGAGAGAGCGUCUGUAGGAAGGACUACGAUCACGAUCGCUCACCGUCUCUCCACCAUCAAGAACGCCGACGUCAUCUGCGUACUUAAAAACGGGCGGGUUGUCGAACAGGGAACUCACGAGGGCUUGCUCCAAGACCCCAGUGGUGCGUACUACGGCCUCGUACACGCUCAAACCCUCUCUCUAGGCGACGGUCAGAGAGAGAAAGAAGAAGAGGCUCUGGACGAAGAAGACAUCAGUGCCACGCUCGCGCGCGAGAAAAGUGCCGCCAAAGUCGACAGUGACGGCGCCACCAGCCAGGACGCAAACCUCUGGACGCAGCGUGGCCUCAUCAACAGCUUCGGCAGACUCCUCUACGAGCAACGACGACUAUUCCCCCUCUACGUGCUAGCCCUGUUCGCCGUCAUGGGUGCCGCAGCCGCCGUUCCCUUGCAGGCCUAUCUCUUCGCAAAGAUCAUCGCCGUCUUCCAGAACGUCUUCACCAUCAUGGACAGCGUAACCUUCUGGUCCAAGAUGUGGGCCACCCUAGCCGCCGUCACCGGCACCUGCUACUUCCUGACCUCCCUGAUCACCAAGCACAUCGAGGGAUCCAUCUCCGCCGCCUACCGCCAGGAAUAUUUUGAAUCCAUGAUGGGCCAAAAGACGUCCUUCUUCGACGCAGACGGCAACUCGGUCGGCCAACUGACCGCCCGCCUCCAAAGCGACAUCAAGUCCCUCAUGGAGCUUUUGGGCCUGAACCUGAUGAUGGUCAUCAUCGGCGUCUUCUCGCUCAUCGGCGCGCCAAUCAUCUCCUUCAUCUACGGCUGGAAGCUCGCGCUGGUCGCCCUGUGCGUGACCGUCCCGCUCAACAUGGUCGCCGGCUUCUACCGCGUGCGCUACGAGCUGCAGUUCAACGCCAUGAACGAGGCCGUGUUUCGCGAGUCCUCCAAGUUCGGCGCCGAGUCCAUCGGCGCUUUUAGGACUGUCACCGCCCUGGUCAUGGAGGAGAGCAUCUGCGCGCGCUACGAGUCCUUACUCCGAAACCACGUCGUGACCGCCUACCGCAAAGCCCGGCUGGCGACGCUCGUCUUUGCUUUCUCCGACAGCGUCGCGCUGACGUGCCAGUCGCUCAUCUUCUGGUACGGCGGCCGGCUGAUCGCGUCAGGCGAGUACGGCCAGGUCGCCUUCCUGGUGACCUACAUGGCCGUGAUCCAGGGCGCCGAGUCGGCCGGGCAGUACAUGUCGUUCGGGCCGAACAUGGCGCAGGCGUCAGCGGCGGCUAACAACAUCCUCGAGGCGCGCGAGAGCCGGAUCCGUGUUGACGAGGUAUCAACCUCCGAACACUACGUGCCCGACACCGAGGGAGGAGUGAAGAUCGAGCUGCAAGACGUCCACUUCAAGUACCCCACGCGAAACAUCUCCGUGUUCAAGGGUCUCAACCUGACCAUCGAAAAGGGCCAAUUCGCAGCACUAGUAGGUGCCUCCGGGUCAGGCAAGACCUCGAUCGUCAGCUUGCUAGAAAGAUUCUACGACGUCGACCAAGGAAAAAUCCUCUUCAACGGAAAGGACAUAAGCGAAGUCAACCUCUUCGAGUACCGCAAGCUGUUAUCGCUCGUAGCGCAGGAGCCGUCGCUUUUUCACGGGACGAUACGGGAGAACAUCUUGAUGGGCGUGGACCCAUCAACAAUAACGGAGGAGCAGCUGCACCAGUGUUGCAGGGAUGCCAACAUUCACGAUUUCAUCAUUAGUUUGCCGGAGGGGUAUGAUACGAAUAUUGGGAGUCGGGGAGUUAAUCUGAGUGGCGGGCAGAAGCAGCGGGUGUCGAUUGCGAGGGCGCUGAUUAGGAAUCCGAGGGUGUUGUUGUUGGAUGAGGCUACUUCUUCGCUUGAUUCUGAAAGCGAAAAGCUCGUGCAAGCCGCCUUCGAGCGCGUAGCCAAGGGCCGAACAACCAUUGCCGUAGCUCAUCGUCUUGCCACCAUCCAAAAGGCGGAUAUCAUCUAUGUCCUCGGUGAGGGCAAAGUGUUGGAGAAGGGCAAUCACAACGAGCUGCUCAGGAAGAAGGGUGUUUAUUGGCAUAUGUGCCAUAAUCAGGCCCUCGACAGGUGAUGCCUUCAUCGUAUAGUGGCAACAGGUGGUUGUCUUUGUUUCUUCGUGUUCUAUAUACCCUGGUCUGGCUUUUUGGCUUGGCUCUGAACUUUGAAGUAGGGUCUCGAUGUUUGGACUCUAACUUGUACCAUGUAUUGUUUUCUGUCUCGGUUGGUUGAACUCACUUCAAUCAGACUGUACUCCCCCCUUUCUUGGACCAAUCUCUUUUUUUUUUUUUUUUUUUUUUUUUUUUUUUU